CUGACAUGCUAGUCUGAUAGCGGAGUUUCUUGGGGAAAACAAGCAGAGCAUUUUGGGAAACGGCUGAGCCUGAGACACAGAGAGAGCUCCUUCUUACUUCACCAAAUCCAACAACCCUGCUCACUGUGGAGGGUGUGAUCAUGUUCUAGGAGGAGGACAGCACCCUCUGGUGACACACAAGGACAUGGUGAGCUCAAUCUGCAAGGCUGUGGUCACUUAUGUGCCGCUUCUGUGGAUUGUGAGGGUGACUGAUGGGAUGCCGGACCCUUCUCAGAGGGACCUGCUGAUGCGUCAGGAGGCGUCCAGACAGACCGGAGGCCGAUGGGCGUUGACAGCAGCCGAGCAGAAGCUGGAUUCUUACCUCCAUCGGCUGAAGGAGCAAGAGAUGUCUGCUGCCCAGUUCCCACCUGCUAUCCAUUUCUUCAAGGCAAAGCCUCUCAUUCAAAAGAGUUCGAUCUUCAAACUGCUGCAGAAGAUGCCUAAAGGUGCAGCGCUCCACAUCCACAGCUCGUCUCUGGUCAGCGUUGAGUGGCUGGUGAAAAACGUCACAUACAGGCCUCACUGCUACAUCUGCUUCACGUGGGACAACUCGGUCCGCUUCCUGUUCUCUGACCGCCAGCCGUUCCCACGAUGGGACUGCUUCUACUGGCAGCUGCUUCAGACUCUUAGAGCCAAAAUAGGAGACCCUGCAGGCUUUGAUAACAGUUUAAUGCAGCACCUCACUCUGUUCACCGAGGAUCCAGAUGGUGAGUACCCAAACCAAGAUGUUGUGUGGGAGAAGUUUGAGAAAGCCUUCAUUGCAGCUGCAGGGCUAAUCACCCACGCUCCUGUCCUGAGGGACUACUUCUACAAAGGCCUGGAAGAGCUUCACCAAGACAACAUCAUGUAUCUGGAACUGCGGAGUGGCCUCUCAAGGACGUAUGAGCUUGAUGGAACCAUUCAUGAUAAGGUCUGGACUCUGAAAACAUUUCAAGAAGUUACAAAGAAAUUUAUAACAGAUCAUCCAGACUUUCUCGGGACACGCAUCAUAAUUUCUGUCAACAGGGCUCUGAGUGUAUCUGAGGUCAAAGCAGCUGUCAAACAGGCCAUUCAGCUGCAGAAGGACUUCCCAGAUGUUGUCGCCGGAUUUGACAUGGUUGGCAGGGAGGACGGUGGGAUGACUCUGUGGUACUUCAGGGAGGCACUUUCUCUGCCAGCUGAACUGGGUGUCACACUACCGUACUUCUUUCAUGCAGGAGAGACAGAUGACGAAGGCACAGACAUAGAUCAAAACAUUCUUGAUGCCCUUUUGUUCAACACCACACGCAUCGGGCACGGUUAUGCUUUGGCUCACCAUCCACUCGCCAAAGAGCUUUCUAGGAAAAGAAACGUGGCUGUGGAGCUGUGCCCCAUCUCAAACCAGGUGCUGAAGCUGGUAUCAGACCUCAGGAACCACCCUGCCACUGUGCUGAUGUCUGAGGGCCACCCGAUGGUGAUCAGCUCUGAUGACCCAUCUCUGUUCGGUACCACAGGCCUGUCCUACGACUUCUAUCAAGCCUUUGUGGGCAUCGGGGGAUUGAAGGCAAACCUGGGGACUCUGAAAGAACUGGCUGUCAACUCCAUCAGGUACAGCUCGCUUCCUGCUCAUCUGAAGGACACGGGCCGCAUCAUGUGGCAGAACAAAUGGGAUGCUUUCAUUGCAAAUAAUUAAUGUUAGCCAAACCACAAUGGAUCCUGUUUGACUUGAAUGUUUGCUUUAGCACUCAUAUAUAUUUGUAGGUUA